CAUUUAUGAAUGUUACUCCAUACAUCCCACAGAAUUAGUAAGUCUAAGUGGACAAGCUUACGUUAAUUCUACUCGGCGCUGAAUGAAAUUCUUUUGUGACAAGACCAUUGAUUUUUAAUUGCAUAUGAUUGACAACUUCACUUUUAAGAAAAUUAAGGGAACUCGGGAGAGUACCCUUCUUUGGAACAUGUAAAAGAGGUAAAUAUGCUUUAACAAUCAAUGCAACUUCUAUUUUACUCUUGUAUUUUCUGGAAACACUAUUCGUUGCCCACAGGACGACGGAUCAGAGAUGGUUGGAUUAAGUUGUUACGCUCAAGUACUGAUGAAUCAUGAGACUAUAUCUUUAUCCACUCUGUGCAUUAGUGACCGUGCAGCAGUAACCUGUUUACAUGAUGUAAUCUUGUUGGUGAAUUCAAUGUCAUAAACAUUUCCUUUGUGGCUAUGAAUAACAGUACCCUCAUUUUCAAUAUAUGAUUUUGAAGUGAACUAUAACCAGCAUCUGAAGUGUUGAAUAAUUAUGACCAUUAUGUUUCAACUGAACUAGCUGCAAAUAUGGAGUAUCCAGUAUCCUGCAUGCAGUUGAUGAAGUAAACGAAGUUUGACCAUAGCUGUUUUAGUACAAAUACUUGUCUUUGCAGAAAGACGGUUGACGACAUUCUUGAUACCAAAUUAGACAAGAAGUUUCAACUUGUCAUGGAUAAGGGGACUCUAGAUGCUAUUGGAUUGCAUCCUGAUGGUCCUCUUAAAAGGUCAAUGUAUUGGGACUCCAUCUCCGGACUUGUAGCUUCUGGUGGGUUAUUGGUUAUUACGUCAUGCAACAGUACAAAAGAUGAGCUGAUACAACAGGUGGAAGCUUUCAAUCAAAGGAGUGGCGCCUCUCCAGAAUCUGACACUGCUGUUGACAUAGAGGCAUCCAGGGAUCCCCAUCCAUUCCAAUACGUCGACCAUGUUCGGUCAUAUCCUACAUUUACGUUUGGAGGAUCAGUUGGUUCACGUGUUGCAACUGUGGCAUUUUUAAGAAACUAAAAUCAGUGGAAGUCCCAACUGAUUUUGGCGUGUCCUGGGUUGUUGCUUAUUGUUUGGAGAAACAAGCGUACUCAUUUUCUGAAAUGAUGACAUUGUCUUGGGGUAUUUACUCGUUUUGGGCUACAAAUGUAGCAGUAGAAGGGAAAAGUGUUGGAUUGUGGUAUUUGCAUGAUCAGUGGCAUGCUCGUUUCCUGAUUUAAGAAAGCCUUUUGAUUCCAUA